AUAAAGUUAACCACAGUCCCCAAAGUAUGUGUUAACAUAAUAUUAUUUUUUGCUUAUGCAACGCCGUAUCGGUUGUGACUAUAUAUACCGGAUGAAGUCUGAGAUAGGACAUAGUUCAAAUCUGCUCUUGAUCCAGAACAAACCACAUCCAACAUGAAAUUCUUGGUUGCUCUCGCUAUCUUGGCUUUCGCCACCUACGCUCAAGCCUCCAUCCUCGGUCUAGGAUUGGGAAUUGGACCUGCCGGUAUCAUCAACCCACUCGCCCUUAGCCCAAUUGGACCCUCUGGAAUCGUAACCGGUGCUGGAGCUGCUGGUCCAUCAGGAGUCGUAACCGGAGCUGGAGCUGCUGGACCCGCUGGUAUUGUAACUGGAGCUGGAGCUAUUGGACCAACCGGACCCAACGGAAUCGGCAUUGGCAUUCUUGGAGUACCCGGAUUGGGAUUAGGAUUGGGAUUAGGACGCGGUUUGGGAUUGGGAUUGCACUAAAAAUGUUGGAGAUUAGGCUGAUUGACUUGGAGAUAAAUUAAUGUAAUUAAAAAAAAAAGUAAUAAAUUGUAAAUAUACAACAA